AAGUUGGCAAAAAUGACCCUGGAAUUUACAAAUUCUAACAUACCACUCGGUCGGCCAAUAUUUUGCUUCCGUAAACACCAAAAUGUCAUGUAGGUUAUUUUUCACCCCUCCUAAUACCAUUUAAGCACCAGAAGGUCCGGAACCUUCGACCAACCCCCACCCAACAGAAAAACCGCAAUAACUGUUGCCACUUGUUACUUGAGAGCUCAGCUCGAAGAAUCCAUGGAACCUGAAAGCAAGGGACUCAAGACAGCUGAAGAAGGAGAAGGAGACUACAUUGUAAUUGCAGAGGUGGGACGAGGCUCUUUCUCCACCGUGUCAAAAGCCGUGCACCGCCAAAGCGGCCAGGUGGUGGCUCUCAAGCAGGUCCACCUUUCCCGCCUCAAUCGCCACCUCAAGAAUUGCUUGGAUUGCGAGAUCAAUUUCUUGUCCUCCGUUAACCACCCCAACAUCAUCCGCCUCCUCAGUUCUUUCCAGGAUGAAGGUUGUGUAUUCAUGGUGUUGGAAUUCUGUGAUGGGGGAAAUUUGGCUGCGUAUAUUCGGCGUCACGGAAGAGUUGAAGAACGUAUUGCCAAGAGAUUUAUGCAGCAGCUCGGGGCGGCGUUGGAAAUACUACAUUCGCACCACAUCAUUCAUAGAGACUUGAAACCAGAGAACAUUCUACUCUCUGGCACUCAAGAUGAUGUGGUGCUAAAGGUAGCUGAUUUCGGUCUCUCGAGAAGUUUACAUCCAGGUGAUUAUGCCGAGACAGUUUGUGGAUCCCCAUUGUACAUGGCACCUGAAGUUCUUCAGUUUGAAAGAUAUGACGGGAAGGUUGACAUGUGGAGCGUUGGUGUAAUUCUUUUCGAGCUUCUCAAUGGUCGCCCUCCUUUCCCUGGUAGGACUAAUGUUCAGGUGCUUAAGACCAUCAAGUCAUCCACAUACCUUCCUUUUGACCAAGUCAUCCUUUCUAGAUUGCAUCCAGACUCCGUCGAUAUGUGUUCAAAACUGUUGUCUCGAAAUCCAGUUAAGCGCCUGUCCUUCAGCGAAUUCCAUUCGCACAGGUUUUUUCGAGGUUUUUGAGACGAAUUGAGAUGCGAAAACAUUUACAGGAACACAAAUGUUGUAGCACUCUGCACAUAAAGUGAUUUUACCGUUGUGUAUGAUUCCCAAACCGAUAAAUUGCGUUAGAAGAGGUGUUGAACAGAAAUGUCAAGAUUCCAAGCUCCGUUGUGCAA